AUGUAUCCGCCGUUGGGGGCGGGUCGGCACGUCGAUGCGUUGCCAGCCCCAGGGAGCAGCCUCGGUGAUUGGGUGGCUGGGGCUGUCUGUCAGCCUCGGAAGCUCCGGACACCAACCUGGAAGCGAAAAGCGGCGGUGGCGGAGCGUCUGAGUCCGGUGCGGGCUCUGGGCCCCGGGACGAGGAGAAUUCCAGAAACCAUGACUUCAAAAGUACAGUUGUUAUGUUGGGGUCAUACCAAUUUGGGGCAGCUGGGGCUGGGUGACAUACAGGAGAACAUAGUUGUUCAGCCAAGGACGUCUUCAUUCUUCAGCGGUAAAACCUUGCGAGAGGUGUCGUGCGGGAGGUACCAUACGGCUUUCGUUCUACAAGAUGGAAGUGUCUACACAUGUGGCUCAAACAUCUGGGGACAGCUGGGCCACGAGAAGGGAAGUUACAGUCCAGAACAAGUUGCAGCACUAGAUGCCCAGACGAUUGUCCACACAGCUUGUGGAGAAGCCCACACUGUUGCCCUCAAUGACCAAGGUCAGGUCUUUUCAUGGGGAGCAGGAAGAGAUGGUCAACUAGGGAUCGAUUCCACUGAGGAGACUAUCCGAAUACCAAGUGAGCUUUUCUUCUCCAGGUUAGUCCGGACGUUGAACGGAUGCGUGGUCAUACAGGUCACUUGCGGAAGUUGGCAUUGCAUGGCACUUACUAAAGAUAGCCGUCUCUUUGCUUGGGGCCAGAAUGCUCAUGGCCAGUUGGGCCUGGGGAAAAGUUAUCCCUCCCAGACCAGCCCCCAGUGUGUCAAGUCUCUGACUGGGAUUCCGCUGGCUCAGAUCGCUACAGGAGGGACACACAGCUUCACUCUGUCGCUGUCGGGGGCAGUGUUUGGCUGGGGGAGGAAUAACUGUGGUCAGCUAGGACUCGGUGACGAUAAAGAUCGAGAUGUCCCCAAUCAUGUCAAGUUCCUGAGGAGACAGAAAAUUGUUUACAUUAGCUGUGGUGAGGAACACACAGCAGCUCUAACAAAGAAUGGAGGUGUUUUUACUUUCGGAGCUGGUCUUUGUGGGCAGCUGGGACAUAACUUCAUAAAUAAUGAAAUAAAUCCUCGCAGAGUCCAAGAAUUGAUGGGAAGUGAAGUCUCCCAGAUAAGCUGUGGAAGACAGCACACGCUUGCCUUUGUCCCUUCUUCAGGCUUACUCUAUGCAUUUGGACGUGGCAACAGAGGCCAGUUAGGAUCGGGACAUACAGUUAACUCUCAGGUUCCACACAAAGUAGCUGGAAACUGGGUAACUCACACACACAAGCCACAUCCUAACGAUCAGUCCAUGUAUCGUGUGCUGAAACAUGUUUGCUGUGGAGGUGAUCAGAGUUUCGCCCUAUUCUUUCACCAGGAGAAUUCACAAGUCCCUGAUGAUUUCCGCUGUUUGGAUCCUUUGAAAUGUGUCAGGAUAAUCAAUAGCAACAUGAAUCGAUGGAUGCUAGGCCUUUCAGGGAAGGACGUACUUAA